AUUUACAAUAGAUAGUAGUGUCCGAGUUCGGUUGCAUUGUUGUAUGUUCGCCUAUGUAUGGCUUCGCAGUGUAUCAUGUGACAGGUCUGUAUCGAUCAGUUCGGACGAGCUACUAAGCGCGCGCAACGUCACCUGUAUGCUUUAUGCGUCCAUGUGUUGACCUUGUAUAUAUAUCCUCACAGACACGAACGUCAGGCUUAUAUAGACAUUCGGGCGCCCAGUAGGUCUGCUAUUCACCUGGGUGUAGGUCUGAAAAGCAGUCAAUCGUGGAUACAAAGUUAAGGCAUAUACAAGCGCACGAACGCUCACUUUUGCCCACAGGCACCACACCAUACAUAUCUGCCUCGCAAGUAGAUGCAUGAAGUAUAGUUCAGUAAACUGUAUACAGUCGAUUACUCUUGUGCUUCAGACUUGUGUUUGAAGUACAAUGGCGCCUGACAAUAGCACAGCCGUCAGUCGGCCACGCGCGGGCAGCCAUGGGUCUAUAUCACUGCCGAAAUCCAAGACACAUGAGCCCCACGCGAAAGAAGAAGGGACGGCGCAGCAGACACGCGGGCUAUCCAUAGGCAGUGAGAUACGUGUGAGCUAUGCUGAGGACCAGAACUCCUACGCUGAUGCAAGUGGGUGGUCCUUGCGUGAACAGCUCACACUCACACAGGCAGCGUAUCGGUGUGGUGUUGACGAUAUGGCGACUGUGAGCAGGUUAAUGCGCAAGCUGCGUACGUCAGAUCGACCGUCGCACUUCUUCUCUGUUAAUAGCUGUACGUCGCAGAUGAAGCAUCUCGAGAAGAUCGCGGCGAUUGUGCCAGCUAAAGCCAGCACACACGUGGCCAGUGCGGCGAGUGCUGUGAAUGGGUCUAAAGAAACAGGUGGAUUAGAACGCUCGCUGUCUGUCGGUGGAACUGAGUCGAGUGCGAUGGUAUUGGAGCUUUCGAAAAGACUGUACCACGCGCGGAUAGCGGAGAUUAAGCUGACACUGGCGGCGGAUCGAGAGGAGUACAAAGCUCUGGCUAAUGAUAUAGACAAGAUAAGGGAAGGCGUGCAUGACCAGGAAUUAGACACUAUGAUACAAGGCAUGCACGCUGACGGGGUCUACCUGCCGCAACAACCCAUAGCAAGCACAACAUUAAAACUAUCAACCAACGGCGUGCAUAGAACUUGUGUGCUUGAUCCUGCGCUGAGCCAGCCUUCAAUAGAAAAUCCGCUUGCGGAGGUCCACAGCUCACGACGGAAUGUUUCCGAGUCAUGUGAUACCUUCGGGCACGGUCAGGGUAAAGGGAAGGGUAAAGGAAAGGGCGCGAUGCUAAAGGCCCACGCAGCCCAUGGAAAUCACACAACACCUGUGGAGCCGUCGAUUACUGUCAAAUUGGACCAUCAGUAUACUAAGCUCCAGAAGCCAAGCACGCCAGCGGCAACUACCGAACCAUUCGAGGAAGAUCCAGACACGCCGAAGGCUGUUAGUACCUUUUCCGGUAGGAAAGCAUCCAAGGAAAGUGUUGGCACGGCCAAACAUAGACACCAUAGGGCAAACUCGAGGGGCCCCAAGGCCAAAACUCCGCCGGCACCUCCAAUCACUGCACUUUCGCGUACCACUCGGUCGAAAGGUGAAGCCGCUUCAGUUACAGAUAUCAUGCGAGAGAUGGAGGUCACGUCAGCAGCUAGGCUUCCGACAUCGUUCGGGCGGUUGCUCAUUAAUAAAACAAGCCCCGGGCUAGCAGGAGAAACUACCUCUGUUAGUGUACCUGCUGCCCAUGUUCCUGAAAACAGUACAGAUAAAAGUGAAGACACUUCUGUAGCUGUCAGUGGGUUAGAUUCGGUUACUAUUAUACCUGCCCAGCCAUCGACAGAGCGUUUGAACAAAACAAUAGUGGAUGCCAAAGAGGCAGAAGAGUCGGUGGGGAUCGUCAAGAACAAGUCUGUAGAACUUGAGAAGGUCGAUACACCUGCAUCCAUACCAGCGAAUGAGAGUACGACCGAACCAGGCGCUGCUCGGACGCCACAACAAAGUACGAGAACCAAAGCACACGAUGCUCAAAUUGAGAUUCCUGGUAGUGACAAUCACUCUAUGGGUAGAAUAGGCGACUUAGAGCAUCGUAAGGACGAAUUGUCAUACAAUGCUAUCGUCGCCUCUAAACCCUCAGGUGAAAAGGUCCACGGUAGAAUUCCUGAUAAGAGCUCAAACAUAGGGAAUUUGCAAGAAGAUGUGUGGGAUGCUGAUGAUAGACGUGUGUUAGAUGAAGACGAGAUUGUUGGUACGUUGAGCGAAUCGAGUCCAACACGCCCGUCCGAUACAACAGCUGCUACGGUUACAGAUGAGAAUGCUGGUCAACGUGAUGUUUCCGAUCGAGAGCCGCUCAAACCGGGUCUUCAAAUUGGAGAAACGAAUGCUAAAGAUGCUGAAAAAGAUGUGCCGGAUGCCCUUGAACCCAUGGCUUUGGAUACCAACUUGAAAAGUUGUCCUGGGGUGAAUGUAGAACGAUCCUUUGCCGCCAUUGAAGCACUGAGCGUAGCAUCAGAGGAUAUGGGGUCACAAUUAUAUACAGAUAAGGGUCUGGACAGGGCGAUGAAUGUUGACGAUAGUACGAUCAGCGAAAGCGCGAGCAAGGUCACAUCGAGUGCAGAAAACGUGCGGCAAGGUGAAUCGGCCAGGAAAACCGGAGCUAUGAGUGACAAUGACACAGUACGUAGCGAGACCCACCGGAACGGAUUCAGGAAAGAACGAAUGAGGAGGACAAGUGGUACUGUCAGUGAUGGAGAAACUGAACGUGAUCGCCGUAUCAGGGAGGGCGACAGUGGCAAGAUGGAAGAUCACGGUCGUGAGAGUGACCCAAUUGUCAGGAGUGAGAUUGUCAGGCGAUCGGAUCUGGGCACACGCAGAGGUGGCAGUGAGCUGAGAGAUGACAGUUCGCGCAAAACCGAUUUCGGUCGGAGAGACUCCUCCGCAUAUAGGCGAAGUGAAAGUGGUCGGAAGAGUCUUAGCCUGAAGAGGCACGAAAAGGAGCGACGCACGGAUUCCCGACAUAGAGUAGACCUCGGUCGCAGAAGUGAUGCGGAUCGCCGUAGUGAGCUGGACCGUUGCACUUCGUCGCGCACGGAUUUGGGUCGCAGAUCUGAUUCUCAGACCGAUCGAAGGAUUGAGCCUAGGCGUAGGAGUGAGACCGAACGCACGCGGGACACCGAAAGGAUCCGAGAUGCCGAGCGGACCCGCGAAAGUGACCGCGCUAGAGAUACUGAUAGAACACGAGAGUCUGACCGAACUCGAGAAGCAGAGCGUAUGCGUGCUGGAGAUCGUGAUCGCACUCGUGAUGGUGACAGGAAACGUGAUACUGAUCGUAUCCGUGAAACAGAUAGGAGUCGUGAGGUUGAGAGGACCGACCGAACUCGUGAUGCUGAUAAACCUGAUCGUGAUGCUGAUAGGAACAGAGCGAGCAGUCGAUCACGAGAUGCUGAAAGGAGUCGUGACAAUGACAAGGGUAGAGAAUUGGAAAAAAUGCGCGAUGCGAACAGAACUCGGGAUACUGAACGGACGCGUGCGACUGAUAAAACCCGUGAAACUGACAGAAUACGUGAGUCUGAUAGAACUCGCGAAACAGAAAGGGCACGCGAGGCUGAUAAAGUACGCGAAGCCGCGAAAUCACGCGAGGCUGAGAGGGCGCGCGAUGGGGUGAGAUCUCGGGAAGCUGAGCGUGCCCGGGAAGUCCAAAGAUCGGGCGAUAAAGAUCGAUUGCGGGACAGUGAUCAUGGUCGUGAAGGUGAUAGAGGCCAAGGUCGAAACCGUGAUAGUGAAAGUGAACGUAAUCGUGGGGGAGACCGUACCCGCGACGGCGAUAGGAGUAGGGAUCGUAGCCGUGAAACAGAUCGCAGUCGAGAUGCAACUCGAGCUUCGGAGGGGGAUCGUACUCGCGAGAAUGACAGAAGUCGCUUAAUAGACCGUCCUCGCGAAGGUGAUCGGAGAAAGUGCGAAAGUGCGAGAAAAAGCGAAUUUGAGAGAGCCCGUGAAGUUGACCGCUCAAGGGAUGAUACGAAAAAGGCGGAGGCUGAGCAGACUCGAGAUUCGGCGAGAAGCCGGGAUGGGUACAAUAGGAAGGCUUACGAUGGUGAUCGUAGCAGGGAAGCCGACCGCACUCGUGCAGGAGAUCGACGGCGUGAGAGUGCCCGCAGUAUCGUUGGUGACGCUAAGCGCGAUACUGAGCGCAGUCGCGAGUCGUCGCGAAGAGUGGAUUCUGAUAAACCCCAUGAGAGUGAGAAAAUAACGGACGCGUCCAAGAUGAGCGAGGCCGGCAAUGAUUCGGAAGACACGAGAACGAAAGAGUCUUUAAAUGAAACUGUGACAAAGAGACUAGAGGGCAGCUCAGACAGGGGUUCGAAUGAUGGAAGAAAAGACAGUCCCGAAGCGACGCGGAGUGUGACAGGUGACUUCGAGACUCCUGGAGAAAAGCCGGGACGAAAGCUAGCAAAUGAACCGACAGGCGUAGAUUCAGAACCUGUCGAUAAUAAGAAGACAGGCCACAAAGUAUCGGACAGUAGUGAUUCUGAUGAUUCGAAUGCUAGCGAGAAAUAUGAUCCACAGGCACUGAUAACUGCAAAGGGUGUAGUCACGAAUGCCAAAAACGACGACAUGGCAACCCUCAAAUCGAAGAUCAGUGUCGAGGCCAGUGCCAGAUCUAGUUCCAGUAAAUCCCCAGAAACUGUCGAUGCAACCGACGAAAAGGAUCAGGGCAAGAUUGGCAUCUCGCUUGAAGCAGAGACCGGUGGUCAACACAUAAGGGUCGAAGGAGACAACGAUACGGAAAUCUCGGAGACCGCGGCGGGAGCAGAAAACAAAGUGGGUAUCGCGAUGGGUGACGAUGGCGAUAGUAAAAUUAUUUCAGGGGGCUAUAAAAAGAUGAGCAAGGACUCUAAAACGCUUGACUCAAUGUCCAUAGACAGUAAUCUCGCAGUAAAAACUACUCCUGCACUUGAGGAUGCCAUUGGGCCAAGCGCAAGCGAUGACAAGGCUGUGACUGAUGUAGAAAAUAAGCCGGAGAGCGACCUAGAGAAAUCGGAAAGCGACAAGGAAACGCCGCAGAAGAAAAAAAAGAAGACGAAGAGCAGAAAAGUGAAGUCAGAGACUACAAAGGAAGUUUCAGAUAGUGUGGAGGAGGAAGUGGAAAGUAAGGAAGAGGUAGUGGGCAACGGAAAGAAUCAAGGAAAUGAUAGGAAAAAUGCAGCCGAACAGGAUAACAAGGCGGGGAAGCGCAAGCAGUCCGAUGUUAGGGAUGAAUCAUCAUCGCCUAUUUCAUCAUCGUUGGCUGAGGAGAAGACUGAUGAGCCUGUCGCGGGCAGUGUUAUUGGGUUGAAGAAUUUACCCGAAGCAACCGACCAUAAAAUUGAGAAUGACGAUCCAAAACUGGCAAAUGAAAAUAAGCCAGCAGUGGAUUUGAAAGAGAGGACGCGAUCAGGAAGUACUAAGCUUUUGACCGGAAGUGCGGUAGACAGCCCGCUCGCGAUGACGGCAUCCGGGAAACGAUCGGCCUCGCGUCAACUGGAGCCAAACCCCGAACGAAACACAUCCGCAAGAUCCACCAAGGAUUCUUCAUAUGUCGACAGGGAACCUGAGAGCCGGGAGUCUAGCGAAGGGCUGCCUUUGGGCCGAACGUCCGGUCGUAGUACAGCACAUGGCAGUGAAGACGAGAUUAACAAGGAUACAAAGAAAGGUAAACGGCCAGGCAGAGGGAAGAGAAAACUCGUCGAUGAAGAUAAGGGCGAGAGUGAUGCGAGCGAAGAAGAUGCAAAGCCAGCUGCAACAGCGACCGCUCCCGUUACCAGAGGGAGAGGCAGGGGUAGGGGCAGACCGCGAGGUAGCACACGUGCGCUUGCGCCUGCGGCCAGAACUAUAGCGCGUACCGCUCCCGCCGUGGAGACAGAUCCGGACAGCGAUAGUAUGACAAGCACGAGAGGGCGAGGCGGCACUGUGAAGCGAGGAGAGAAGCGUGCGAAAACCAAUCUAGGUAGCAAGAAGGCCAAGGCCAGCUCACCGAAACAUAUUGGAAAGUCGACCACUUCUGCGAAGCAUCAAAGAUCUAAUCCGCAAUCGCCAGCAGUCAAGGCAGAGCCACAAUCCGGUGACGAAGAUGAGUCUGACUCUGGGAUAGCAGCCAAGCGUCAGAAAACAAGGAGGAGGCUGCUAAUGGGAGUUUUGAGAGACAUAAUGAAUCAUAAAUACGCAAAUACCUUCCUCAAGCCUGUGAAUCCAAGAGAGGCGUUCAAUUACACGAAGAUUGUCAAGAGACCAAUGGACCUGAAUACGAUCAAAAAGCGUUUAGAUGAUGGGACUAUCUCAACAACAGUGGAAUUCCGCCGCGACCUAAUGCUAGUAUUUACCAAUGCCAUGAUGUAUAACGAGUCCGGGCAUGACGUGUAUAUAAUGGCUCAUGAUAUGAAGGUAGAUGUUACAGAGCAACUGCAAAUGUUCAUGACCACCGCGCACCUUGCUGAAGACGGAAGGCAAUCUACACUGAAAGACAAGAGCGAGGAGGAAGAUAGUGACGAGGACAGACCGAUACUCACGAGCCGCCGCUCUACGAGGCCUGGUAACCUCUAGAGGCAUUAGCCUUGUCAUCCGUUUCCUUUAUUUAUCGUGGCGAAGUGAAAUUGAAAUAAAUAGCUAUCAAAUAC